CUCACUACACUUAUUGCGUCUCGCCAGCUUCAUCAGAGAGUAAUGUGCAGAGGAGCAGCAGGGGGAAGAGGAGGUUGAUUUCCCAGAAGGGGGCAAUUUCAGGAUGCGCGUAGUAGCCGUGUGUCGCACGUGAGGGAGGAGUUGUUUUUUUUAGUUAUUUUUUGUUUUGCCGUGGUGUGUUUGCUGCUGAGUGGUUGUGGAAGAGGAGAAUGAUUGUUAGUUCAUGGGUGGUGGAAGGAGCCCAGCUGGAUCGGACGUGUAGUGGAUUCUGCGUCAAGCUUGGGGCGUUACUGGCGCUCUGCGGGGGUGUGAUUUGAGCUUGCCUUUCUUCUGCAGGAAGUUUUAGGUGUGUUUCGACGUUGCGCAGUUGGUUGUAGUGGGUUGCACCAUGGGUGUUGCUUGAUUCUUCUUGGAGCUCUCAGAUGGCUGGGAGCACCUGAUUGUCGAUAAGUGUGCCAUGGGAUGCUUCAAGAUGGCGUUGGAAACGACUGGAGAGCACAAGGUAUAGGUUGCAGCGCAUAAAAAGCUUGGCACAGCUAUCCUUGCACAAAAAUAGAUGUCAGUUCUGUUUCGGCUCCUGGCGUUGCAUUCCGUUGUCCCAGCACUGUGCUCACCACUUAUUAGAGGGUCCUUUGUUCUCCCGGCGGCUUUCUUUGCUACACAAGCAUUUAUUUUCAGAAGAUCUUGGUUCGCUCUUACGUGCCCUACAUGAGAGAUGCAGAAUUACUUCCCACAGGUUGAUCGGGUGGUGGCCGAAGACGCUGAUCAGUGUUAGAGUAGAAGCGUAGAAAAUUGGUCUACUGGAUGAAAUAUUCAUCAUGGAAUUGAGUGUGCAAAGUGAUGCUCCCGUACCGAAUGCUUCUGAGGGUUCGUCUUCCUCAAUGGGAUGGCCUUUCGGUCUCCCCACGUGUAUGGUUAUCCAGACGCCUAGUCGCAAAGAAUUCCCCGAAACACCUCCCGCCUUCCACCAGCAAUUCAUGAACCUUCAAACCACUUUCUUGCUACCUUUCUUUUCCGACGUAGAUGUGUCGUCAAGCUCAGACACAGAUUCGCGGUCUGAAGCAGCCUCGUCCUUUUUCAAGGACUCGCGACGCAUCACUUUAGGCAGCCUCAUAGGCUUACCUAUGGACUCUUCCUUCCGCUCAAUGCAUCCAGACGCACACUACCAUGUCUUUUCCGACAGGAGACGCAACUUCCUGCCUUCUUGCGGGAUCCUAGAGUUUCUUGGAUGUGUUCGAAACUCCAGCAGCUUGCACGAAUUUGAGGCAUCAGAGGGCGGGGAAGGAGACGAGCAAGUUGCUGUUACAGCGAGUUCUACUUCACUGGCGGCUUGCCUUCAGUUCGAGAGAAGUGUCUCUCAAGGCACAAAUCCAUCCGACCCCGUUCGAAUCAGCUCUAUAUUUGAAGAUGCUCUCUCAUCCGGCAGCCGCAGCCCUGACUGGAAUGACCAAUACGUUUCGUGCCACAGUAUUCUCUCAGAUGGCGAGUGGACUGGUGCUGAUGCAGGUAGGCAUGAAACCGGGCCAACCACUGUCCCUAUGGGCAUCUCUGCGACGACGCCGAGACAUAAAUUGCUCAACUCCCACAAAAUACAACGAAGCGCAAGUAUGAAGUCAUUUUUCUCUUCCAUAUGCUGUCGAAUUGACGCCGGUAAACUCUGAUGCAGUAGUUUAUGUCAAUUCUUUUCUCUCAUUCUUCUUCCAAUAAGCUUGUCAGAUGCAUCGGGAAGCUGUGUCCAUAUCUUUUGGCCGAUGUUGAAGACUGCGAAGAGGAUAUAAUCACCUUGCAAGUGGCAAGAAGAUAGAAUUAGUUGUAUAAACAAGUUUAGGAUAUUAGUGACUGCCUGUCAAUAGCUCAACUACAGAACUUACUGCUGUAAGAAACCUAAUCUUUCUGUCUUGCGAUCGGAUUGCCAUUAAUGUGCAAACAAGAGCUGCUUCCGACA